GUAAUACAAACCGCUUGCCCCCCUCGCUGUCACUCAGGCAUGGCACUGCAAAUGUCAACUCUGUUUUCACAUGUCAGAGCCCCUCUGUCCAGCGGCCCUCUGAGUCGUGUCCGUGCUGACUUCCAGAGAGCCGGCGACAAGUUCAAACACAUUUUAUCUCCUGGAAGCCCCCAGCUGGGAGGGAAGCCAGCAACUAGUCCUGUCCGCGGCCAUAUUAACGCUCCGCACCGUGCUGGGAGGUUUUCUACUUCCCCGACAGCAGCAGCAGCUUGGAAGUCCAGCCAGGGGAACUGUUCCUCCUCACCCGGGGGGAGGAGAGGCUGGCUGGGCAAGUUCGCCCUCGGUGCCGCCCUCGGAGUUAGCUCAGCUGCGCUGGUCCAGUUUCUGCACACCACAACCCUCACCGCCAUGGCCCAGAAAGUUAACCUAAACUCUGCUGAAGGAGACUGGAAGGAGACCAAGGAGUGCUUGCUGUCUCUAUCUGUGAAGGACAGACGUCAGUACUACAGGACUUCUAGCUCUGUGCCGCUAGAAGACAUCCCUGUGUGGACUCCUGCUGCAGGUGGUAGUGUGAAACCAUUGUACGAGAGGAAUGUAAUGUUGGACCAGAAGAUUUCCCUCUACAGCGGUGACAUCACCAUGCUGGAGAUAGACGCUAUUGUCAAUGCAGCCAACAAGACUCUGCUCGGAGGAGGUGGAGUGGACGGAGCGAUCCACCGUGCUGCAGGUCCCAUGCUAAAAAAAGAGUGUGCUUCCCUCCACGGCUGUGAGACCGGAGAGGCAAAGAUAACUUGUGGCUACGGGCUCCCAGCAAAGUAUGUGAUUCACACAGUGGGGCCGAUUGCACAAGGAGGAGUUGGAGAGGUGGAGAAAAAAGCCUUGAGGUCGUGCUACGAAAACAGCCUGACAGCAGCCACCAAGAAUGAAGCUCGCUCUGUGGCUUUCCCUUGCAUCUCCACUGGAAUCUACGGAUAUCCACCUGAGCUGGCUGUGCAAGAGGCAUUGGCAACUGUGAGGGAGUAUCUGGAUAAACAUCAUGACAAGCUGGACAGAGUCAUCUUUUGUGUGUUCUUGCCGACGGAUAAGAAGCUGUAUCUGCAAAAUCUCCCGCUCUACUUCCCUGCUGCCUGACCCGCGACUACAGCUAAUUGCUCAGGUAACCAGCAUGAGGCCACAGUGAAGAGUAAACUGUGAGAGGGGAUUUGUCAGUUCUGGUUGCUGUGGACACCGCUGCUACGCUCAGCAUCCAGAUUCCUCCUGCUCGCUUUGCCUCAAAAAUCUGAAGAACUUC